GGACCCCCCCCGCCCGCCGCAGGGAGCGGGGCUGAGAGGAGCCGCAUCCCCUCCCGGGCCAAAGCUGGGACAGCGCCCCAAGGCAGAGUUUGGGGAAGACUGGGAGGAGCAAGGCGCCGAGACUGGAAGCAGGGCCGAGGACAGGCAGCCCCAUGGAGCCGCCUCAGCUCAGCAGAGGAGUGACGCCCUUAGCUGGAGCCUCGCUGUCAGGAACGUGCCUGAAGGGUGUGGGCGUGAGAAGAUUCCUGCAGCAGCAGUGUCUGAUGGGCAUGUAGCAGUGGUGAUGUGAGAGUGUCAGGUGGUGAGGACACUGUGCCUCCUACCUGCCAAGACUUGGGAUUGGCUCAACCGGGUGAAGGUGGCCUGGGAAGAAAGGACACACGUGGCAUCUUGGAAACCAUAAGUGGCCUUUGACAAAAUGAGGCUUCUCACCAGCCCCCUGCGCCGGAUGCUGUCAGGCCUCCUGAAUUGCUGUGAAAGGGAAGGAGGGCGUCCUUCCAAGUGCUGUUCUCUAAACCCCCAUCACCUGCUUCCGAGGCAGAAUUUCAGUGCCAAACCGACAGCUGCUGAACUGGUCAGAUACUGGCAUGGUGUGUUUGAGGCAAACAGGAUCCCCGAAGCACAGGAAUCCAGCGAAUAUAUCAUUUCCUACGUCCUGGGAGCAAAGACAAUUCACAGCUUGAGUGCUAGCAGUCUCUCCAACCCGCUCACAUCCGAGCAGCAGCAGCAGGUGCAGUGGCUGAGCAUGAAACGGCUACAAAGGAUGCCUGUCCAGUACGUCCUUGGGGAGUGGGAUUUCCGGGAACUAACCCUCAAGAUGAGACCCCCAGUUUUCAUCCCUCGGCCCGAGACGGAGGAUCUCGUCUCCUUAGUGCUGCAAAAAUCCCAGAGGAGCGGGAGCCCUGCGGUUAAUGCAGGUCACCGGUGCCCCACCGCCAUCCCUCACCCCGUGAUCCUGGAGAUCGGCUGUGGCUCGGGGGCCAUUGCACUGAGUUUACUGAACAAACUGCCCCAGAGCCGGGUGAUAGCUGUGGAUAAAGAGGAAGCUGCUGUGAAUCUCACCUGUGAGAAUGCUCAGAGGUUGCAGCUACAGGACAGGAUAAGAAUUCUCCACUACGAUGCCUGCUCUGGUUCGUGGGAGCAGCUCCUCCCCUGGGGUCCUGUGGACACUAUAGUCAGUAACCCACCUUACGUCUUCCAUGAAGACAUGGCUCACCUGGCUGAAGAGAUCCUCAGCUACGAGGACCUUGAUGCCCUGGAUGGGGGAAAUGAUGGGAUGAGAGUGAUCAAAAAAAUUCUGGCUCUGGCUCCUUUUAUCCUGAAGGAUCUUGGAAGUGUGUUUCUAGAAGUGGAUCCCAGACACCCCGAGAUGGUGGAGAACUGGCUGCAGAGUCACCCUGAACUGUCCCUCUCCAUCUCUGCCACCCACAAGGACUUCUGUGGCAAGCCAAGGUUCCUACACAUCCAGAAACAUAAAGCAGGUGACAGCAGCAACAAGAAGGACUUUGCUUGUCCCAGCGUGCAUCUCCCUUGAGUUUCUUGCUGAGUCAUCUGCUGGAACUCUGCAUGGUAACAGGAACCUGGCCUUCCACUGCAUUUCUCAGCCCCUGAGCUCUGCCGAUGGUCACUGGGGCAUCCAUUGCUGGUAGAGGAUUUCACCUGGAGACCACCAGAAAGGGGGUUGGGGCCUGAGUUUGCAGAGAUGUUGGUUUCCACAAAUGGUCGAGCAGAGAUUAUUGGCUCAUCAGUGUGAGCAAGAAACAGAUAUGGGAACCUACCAUGGAGGGAAUCACAAUUGCCAGCAUCUCAUUUUGUUGGAGCUGCAAAUGCAUAUGAUAAAAAUACAACUUCUCCAAGCAGCGGAUGGCACUUUUAGCUCGUAAUGAACAGCCUAGGCCUUGCCUUGGAAAAGGAACUCAAAGCUGGUUGGUAGGUUUGUUUCUUUUCCUUUUUUUAAAAUUUAAUCUCCACUUUCAAAGCCUACGAAUUCUUUUGGCUGCUGGGAUCAGAGAGUCCAGAACUAAUGCUCCAGAGUCAUUUCCAUCCCAGCAGCCCCUGGGGCUCCCAAGUGAUCAUCCCAUGACAAAGCAGCGAGUGCAGCCCUCCAACAACAAGCCAGCAUGCACGGUCUUGCCUUGCUGAGUGACCGUUUCGUAACACACUGGCACAUGUGCAGCCAUUAUUCCAAAUGAGCAGCGCUCUGCAGCUCAGACAACGGGAUCCAUAAGGGAACACUUUGUGAGUAGGGUGUGGGAUGAGCUUAAACCUGAAUUUAGUGGCAAUUGACUCCUUUCUUUGGCAACUCUUGUGUUAGACAGGAAGGGGAACGUCUUGUAUCUGAAGACUUGAGAACUGUGUUUAGAAAAAGUAGCUCUUUCCGGCAUCCUUGGUUUGUUCCCAGCAUCCUGGUACCAUUGGUCCCCAGUUCUAUAGGCCUGGAAGAAAAGCUUCUGAUAUCCAGUUGGCGCUGGCUGUGUACACAACACCUCACACAUUGUGAAUGCUACGGGUAAAACCAGCGCGGCAUGUUCCAUCGCUAAAAUGAGCCUCAGUUCAAACCAGCACACACACAGAUUGCUGGGUAAAGAGUAAAAUAGCACUUUUACAUUGUAGCAGUGGGCCUGAAUCAAACCCCGUGGUCCACAUGCCCCAUCAGAUACCACCUAGCUCCAGUGUUACGGGGAGAUGUGAUUUGCCUGAGAUCACCCAGCAGGUCAAUGGCUUAGCCUGGAAGAGCAGCCAGGUCUCCUGGCUCCACAAACAGUACAGCUGGAAUAGCGAAGGCCUAUUUCCUUGUUCGGUUUUAUCAGGGGAAAUGACUCAGGCAGUAGAGAGACCUGGAAGAGCAUGGGGAGAAUUUACUGGAGAGCCAGAGCAGUCUCUAUAAACGAUAGAAAGACUUAAAGACAAGUUGCUUUCUGGUUUCAUAGUCGGAAGCUCCUUUCCUGGCCGGAAAAGGAAUAGCCAAGCCAAGGAGCCUGAGCUGAUCUCAGAGGAAAGCUGAGAGAGGCAAUCAGAAUGGACCGUACACCUGUGGGAUAGAAAUACUCAUCUGGUGACCUCUGCAGUCUCAAGAGGAUGCGCUGCUGAAGGAUCCUGCGAGGCUGGGCUGUGAGUGCCUGGCCAAACACUCGGAGGCUGCCUCUGUGCUGCCCCCAACAUGCCUCAGCAAAUACGCAUGGGAAAGUGCCACCAAAUUCCAAGGUCUUGACUAAACAGCAGUGCACACUAACCCUCCUUCACACUGCACUGGUUCCACAGUCCCGCCCCUUCACCCUUGCCUGCUUCUUCAAUCUCAUUUCCCCUCUGGAGCCUGGUGCAGAUUUGCAAGUGCACCUGAGCCCUGACCGAUGUGCAACACCCAGAGCCCACUCCACCAUCACUCACAGCCUAAUCUUUACUUUGCUCCCACUGUUGCCCAUUGCACAGCCAUGUCCCAGGCUCCCCCCAUCUAGUGAUGCUGCCCCUGGUUUUUGGCUUGGGCAAUGAUGGUUGGCAUUGGUUCAACCCCAUUCUAGCUGAGAAGAUUCCUAGCAGUUUUGCAGGCCAGCAAGGGAGAGACCAAACUGCUCAGACAGGGCUUUGUAAAAAAAACAAAAGCAAAACACAACAAAAACCAACUUGUGCCACCUCCACUGAGAGCUGGAACUGUCUUUUGAGGCAGAGUUUAAACUAGACUCUGCAACGGGUGUGGCCAGGAAAUGGUACUGAUCUGUGGAGCAUAGAGAGCCUGCAGUUCAGUCCAGCGGGAUUUUUGAAAGCAUGAUGUAAUGGCUGGGUAAUUUAGUGAUUAGAAGAGUCUUAAAUGCCUUCAGUCCAGAACAAACUUCCCCUGUUCGGGUACAUGGCAAGGAGCAGCAUCCUUUUCCUCUGAAUCACUGAUUAUUGGCCUUAGCAGAGAGCAGGAUACUGUACUAAGUAGGGUCAUGGUCCAGUCCUACAGGGCAGCUGCUGUCUCCCAACAUUCGCCUCUCUUAGAAAUCUGAUUACGUCACAGCCUUCGUGCUGCCCUGCAGUUCCCUGGUACAGAAGAUCAUGUGACACUACUAACCUUUUCCCUCUCCCAGGAGGCUCAGUUCACUUGCCAGCCCUUCCCAGCUCCAGUAACCUGUUUGCCUGGCAUGUUCCACAGCACCUGAUCUCUGCCUUUGGGCAAACUCUUUUUGGUGCAUAAGCUUUUCAGAACAUACUAGUUGUGGCAGCUCUGACGGAGCUACUGACAUUCCCCCAUUUCUGCUUUCCCAGAGGGCUGGGCAGCUCUCCACCCCAUCCCACGCAAACAUGUCAACUGUAGGGUUUGACAUUAGCUCUCAGAGGAGUUUGAAGUUGCUUAAUGAAGCUACAAGUAGGCAAACAUUUCUGCCUACCCUUUUACCUAAUCAAAUAACUUUGUGGGGCUCGUUCUGUGUUACGUGGCACAAGCAGUAAUUCCUUGGAGUGUUAUCAAGGAAGCGGCUUAUUUUUCUGACCCAAAAUUUGCAGAGGCUUGUUUGUUUGUUUGUUUGUUUUGUGGAGGUUGGUGGUUGUGCUUUUUAGGGGCUGUUGAUGUCUCUGCUGGGAUUAUUUCCUCGAAAAGAGGUUACAAACCAUGUUGUCCUGUAGGUGUCACUAUAGUCUCAAGCACAGCUGUAUUGUUUUUGACCCAUGCAGGAAGUUACCAUGAAGAGCCAGAACGGUUCUGGUUGCUGAGGGGUUUCCAACCCUCCCGGAUUGUCCUGGAGUCUCCAGGAAUUAAAGAUUAAUAUUUAAUUAAAGUUUGUCAUGUGAUGCAAUCUCCAGGAGUACAUCCACCCAACACUGGCAAGCGUUGCUAUAGGAUUGUUAUUUGUUUCAGAGUCUCCCUGUUUUCUGAAAAGCCAGUAUUACGAAAUACAGGCGCUGUCUUUGUUUACUGAAUUGUAAUCCAGAUACUAUCAUGAUGAGGGCAAUUUGAGCACCUGACAGUCCUGUGAGUGAGGAAAAGUGCUGUCAUCUGUGUCUUACACAUGAGCAACUGAGGCACAUAUGUGCCUCACUCUGGCAUCUGCAUGGCCAGAUCUCUCGUCAGACCUGACUGGAGAUCUGCAGCAGGCUUGUGUAAAGCAAGCCCGUGCUCUGCAGACGUAUCGAAGGACAGAGGUUCUCAAACUUUUUGGCCCGUGACCCACCCUACUCAACGCAGACCUUUCUAUGGAUCACCAGCCAAACACCCAAGAUGACAAAAUGGGUGCAGGAGCGGGCUGAGGGUAGAAAGUGCAGGCGGGGGAG